AUGACAGACCCACCUCACUCAACAUCUCCACUAUCAGAUGCGACUACCCUUGAUGGCCCAGUAACAAAUGAUUCUCCACAACCUCUUUCUGCAGACACAGACACCAAUUCUUUGCAAACAGGAUCAGAAUCCUCCUCUAGAUACGUGGUUGAGGACCAGGGCCCUACGACCCGCCGUGAACUUUGGGGGUGGUUUGCUUAUGCCUGGGCUUCUGAACCGUUCAUAGUCUCUGCCGUCGGCACUUAUGUCCCUAUUUUGCUCGAACAAUUUGCGCGUGACAAUGCAGUGCGUGCGGAUGACCAUAAUGUCCCCUGUGGCAUGCCGCUACCAAACGGAGACCCAAACUCUCCACCACCACCUACUCCAGGCCAUGGAGGACUGCCACCUCCAGGAAACAUUGGUGAUCCUUCGCGAGCACAACAAUGUGUAGUCCCUAUCUUUGGACACAGUUAUUACAUCGACACUGCAUCAUUUGCACUCUAUACGUUUUCGUUCAGUGUGCUAAUCCAAACGCUUGUUGUAAUUUCAAUGAGCGGUGCCGCAGAUCGUGGAAAGUUCCGUAAGAAACUUUUAGUCUGGUUUGCAAUUGUAGGAGGAAUUUCUACCUGUGGGUUUCUUGCUGUUACUCAAUCGCAUUACCUUCUAGCAUCUAUUCUUGCAAUAAUAUCAAACUCUUGUUUUGGCGCAGUUUCUGUUUGCGGCAACUCUUUCUUACCUGUGCUUGUGCGCAACCAUCCGGAGGUGCUGGCCACCGCCGAGGAUAUUAAAUCUCAAGAUCACAAUAAUAACAGUUAUGAUGAUCAACUAACUUCAGAAGACAAUUUGCUUCUGGAAGCAGAUCCACCAAAACAUGUUUUUGACCAUCCACUGCUCAUCACAACUGUUUCUAAACUUUCAGGUGCCAUCAGUGGAAAGGGCAUAGCUCUCGGAUACAUUUCCGCAUUAAUUGUUCAACUUGUUACCAUUCUUCUGAUUAAAGCCCUUGGAUCCAGCACGUGGUCUCUCCAGGUUGCUGUAUUUGUGGUCGGGUUAUGGUGGCUUAUUUUCCAAAUCCCCGUUGCAACUCUGUUGCGUUCUCGACCAGGACCGCCCCUGCCACGUCCUAAACACGUGCGUGCGCACACGACUCUUCGACACAAAAUCCACCGUGCUUUGUCACGGGUCACGCGCGGUGCAGACACAUACAUUGCUUAUGGUUGGCGUACACUUUAUGUGACGUUCCGCGAGGCGCGCCAAAUGCGCGACGUGGCUACAUUUCUGCUGGCAUGGUUUAUGAUUUCAGACGCUGCUACAACAAUUAACUCUGCAGCUGUUCUUUUCGCCAAAACAGAGCUCCAGAUGAGUGCCCCGUCGCUGGCUGUCAUUGGUGUCAUGGUAGUGUUUUUCGGCAUCUUGGGUGCUACUCUUACACCACGCUACCUUGCCCCACGUUUGGGGGCCAAUCCUGUGCGAAGUAUUAUGUUUGUGGUUUUCCUGGCAGCCAUGAUUCCUGUCUAUGGCAUUGCUGGGUUUUUCACCAAGCAUCUUGGUCUGCGGUCGCCUUGGGAAAUGUAUCUGUUGGCAGCCUGGUAUGGGUUUGCAUUGGGUAGUAUUAAUACGUUAUGUCGGUCUGUUUUUUCAUUGUUGAUUCCCAAAGGCAAAGAAACGACCUUUUUUUCGCUCUUUAGCGUUACUGACAAGGGUUCUUCUGUAUUUGGACCGUUUGUGACUGGUCUUAUUACUGACAAAACUCACAAUAUCAGAUAUACGUUUUACUUUUUGUUAUUGCUGAUAAUUUUGCCUAUUGGUGUACUUGCAUUUGUGGACGUUGAACGUGGGAGUCGAGAGGCCUUGUAUUUGGAGCAGGUUGAACCUGAAGAGGAUGACGUUGAGUAG